AGUGCAUCUAAGGAUGGCAACAUCAAGUGUUAAGGAGGACAAAUAUCGACCCUACUUGCGUGAAGACAGUGAGAAGAACAUAAAAUGGAGAUUCGGUACCCCUCCAAAUUAUGACGCUGUGAACAAGCUAUUUGAAGAUGGGAGAACCAAGGAAUGGCCUGUGGGUUCACUUGAAGAGCAGGUUCAGACCCUAGUCAAGAAUUGGGAGAUGGAAAUGUUCCACAAGGUCGAUAUGGACGAUUACAGAUCAGUGGACCCAAAGAAAUACACUUUCAGCCUAAACGGAAGAAAGGGUAUUAGUUUGGAAGAGAAAAGGAAGCUUGGUGGAGGGUAUAUCCCACUGCUACAAACCUCUCUGCAGAGAAACUGAGGCCAUACAAUCCCUACGGAGAAACAGCAGAAUCGUCCCACAAGGCAUUUACCACAACAUUUCCACGUGGGUUUGCUUUGGAAAUUAUUCAAGUCUACUCUGGGCCACCAGUGAUUGUCUACAAGUUCAGGCACUGGGGCUACAUGGAGGGUCCCUUCAAAGCACACGCCCCAACUGGACAGAAAAUUCAAGUCUUUGGAAUUGCCAUUUUCACGUUGGAUGAGAAUUCGAAGAUUGUGAAGGUGGAGUUCUUCUACGAUCCUGCCGAACUGCUGGGAGGUCUACUAAAGGGUCCUGAGUUGGAUGAUACUGCUGAAGAUGCUGUUUCAAGCUGUCCUGUACUCGGGAACACUGGCUGGGCACUAUCCAAGGAACACUCCAGUGAAGUUUAGAGCGGACUCCGGAUUACAGGAUGGGGAUUCAGCUAAGGCUAACCUUACUGGUGGAUUCUAUGAUUCUGGCAACAACAUUAAGUUUACCUUCACCACAGCUUAUACGAUGACCUUGUUGAGUUGGACUGUGAUGGAAUAUCAAAGUAAAUAUGCUGAUAUUGGUGAGCUUGAUCAUGUCAAGGACAUCAUCAGAUGGGGUAGUGACUACAUGCUCAAGGUGUUCAUUCCCCCUAAUUCAACAGCUGGAUCCAACCUUACACUGUAUUCCCAGGUUGGAAGUACCAUUAGUAAUAACAAUGAGCCUAAUGAUAUAAGUUGCUGGCAACGACCUGAAGACAUGAAGUAUGAGAGACUCGUUUCAAUUUGUGAUGGCUCUGCUUCAGAUUUAGCUGGUGAAAUAGUGGCAGCAUUAUCUGCAGCAUCAAUGGUAUUCAUAGAAGAUAAAGAUUACUCAGGGAGACUAGUCCAAGCAGCAGAAAGAGUCUACGAGGCUAUCACAAAGGAAGAUCCUACAAAACAAGGGACCUACUCCAUGGUUGAUGCAUGUGGGAAACAAGCAAGAAUGCUUUAUAACUCAACUAGUUACAAAGAUGAGUUGGCUUGGGGAGCAACUUGGUUAUUUCUUGCUACUAAAAAGGCUGAUUACCUUGCAAUUGCAACUGCAAUGUUUAUAUCAGCCAAGAGUGAUGAAUCAAGCUUUGACAAAGGGAUCCUUUAUUGGAAUAACAAGCUUAAUGCUGUUGAGGUUUUGCUUACUGGUAUUCGAUAUUUCCAUGAUCCUGGCUUCCCACAUGAGGAUGUCUUGAAACUCUCAUCCAACUCUACAGAUUCCCUCAUGUGUUCUUAUCUGUUCAACAAAUACUUUAGCAGGACACAUGGUGGACUAAUUAUCCUGAAACCUGAUAAUGAGCCAUUACUCCAGUAUGCUGCAACAGCAUCUUUUCUCAGUAAAUUGUACAGUGAUUACCUUGAUCAUCUCAAAAUAUCUGGUGCAAGUUGCAAGACUGAUGAAUUCUCGGUGGCAAAGCUUCGUGAUUUCGCUACUUCUCAGGUUAAGUACAUCUUAGGACAAAACCCUAUGAAAGUGAGCUAUUUAGUGGGGUAUGGUGACAAGUUUCCUGUCCAGGUUCAUCACAGAAGUGCAUCAAUCCCUUGGGAUAACCGGCAUUACUCUUGUGAUGAUGGUAAGGGGUGGCUAAACUCUAAAGAACCAAAUCCACAAGUGCUUUUGGGAGCCAUGGUGGGAGGGCCAGACACUAAUGAUAAUUUCAUCGAUCAAAGAACCAACCAACGGUUCACUGAGCCAAACAUAGCAAGCAAUGCUGGCUUAGUUGCAGCUCUGAUAGCACUUCAGGAUCCUCCUUAUAAGUCACAUAACAUCAAAAACUCGUUGUGGGGAUGGACCUGAUCUAUAUUUGAACGUGUCCAUUGGAUAUAUUCUUAUGCAGUUAUCCCAUAUUGGAAGUCUUAUCAAGAUUAUGAAGAUAUAUACAGGAAAAAGGAAGUUAGAAACUAGAUUCUGACUAUUAUAAUUAAAGCAAAUGAAUUUUAUUUGAAAAUCAAUCAUUUGGUGGAUGGAAUUUUAAUGAUACUGUUCAUGUCAUCUAAUGUAAAGUUCAAGCUUACCAUGAAAUUUUGAGCAAGGACAGAGCCGGGAAUUUAGUUAUUUCAGGAUUCUGACGCAUCGAAGACAUGAUUAUUCAAUCAUUAAAUUAUUGUCAAAAAUAAAUAAUUUGGUCAUGCCGACCAAUUUAUUUGGAGGAACGCUUAAAGUAUCUUCAAGGUUGGUUUUUCUUCUAACUAGCAAAAUCCUAUUUGUGGAAGCAACAAAUGAGGAUAGUGACGUAUUUGCAAUCGUAAGACUUCCGUUAAUAACAAGUUAAACCUUAUGCUGAGCUAUCGUUUAAUCUUUGAAAAUUCUUGUGUGAGCAUUGCACACUUGAGCAUGUUAGCCCCAAGAACAAAUGGUUAUGCUCAAUAACAGCAAAACAUGUAUGUAACUCAGAAAUUCUCAACUCAUAUCAUCAAGUACUGGAUUUCUCCUUAAAC